AUGGAGAACUACGAAACUGGUGCGCAACAGGGGGAAGCUGGCUCAGAUUCUGAUGAAUAUGAUCCUUCAAAAGCAGUUGAAAACGAAUAUUCUACGGACUUAGCAAAUCCGCAAACUACCGUGCCAAGUUCUUCUCAUGUUUCUGAGUUUUCUGCUCCUGAUUCUGUUCAGCGGGGGAAUGUCUCCGAUAAUUUUCCUCAUGGGCAGGAUUCUAGUGGUGCUUUUCCUUCAAAGUCGCCUUCCAUAUCUGAAUCCAGAGCUUCAGCUCCAACAUAUCCGGCUGCUCCUGUGGUCGGUGCAACCACCCAGGCGACAGACGAGGUUCGGGCAGAAGAAGUUGGUGAAGGAGACGGAGGUGACGCAGAAUAUGAGCCACCAGGGGCAUUAGAUCAUGUUCAGGAUACCACAUCAACUCCUGCAGAUAUACAACAGCGUUCGCUUUCUCAAAAUUCUAAUAAAAAUGUUUCUCAAUUUCAUGUAUCGCAGCAGCAGACUGUGCCAGACAAAACCACUUCACAUGAUGUUUCCAAUAAUUUGUCUUCUAUUGCUAUUCCGGCCGGUACUCCAGUGCAGAGUGAUGCCGCAUCCAAACCUGAUGACGCAGGCCUGGCGGUUCCUUCUAUUGCUCAGUCAACUAACAGUUCUAUUCCCGCCACUCCCACUCCAACUCCGGUUGCCAAAGGCCGUCUACCGCAUGACCGAGUCGGAAUCCUUGAGGAUAGAAUUCAGGCCGACCCCCGUGGUGAUAUUGAAGCAUGGUUAGAACUAAUUAGCGAACAUCGCAGCCGGAACAAGCUCGACAGUGCCCGACAGGUUUAUGAGAGGUUCUUUAAAGUGUUCCCAUGGGCCGCCGAUGAAUGGGUCACUUAUGCCAAUAUGGAAUCCGAAAACAACGAACUUUAUCGUCUUGAACAGAUUUUCAACAAAAGUCUUUUGAACAUACCCAAUGUUCAAUUGUGGUCCGUGUAUCUUGAUUACGCAAUAUCGGCGGGUCCGGCUGGCAGGACCAACAAAAGAUGGACCUGCUCAGGAAGGCCUACCAGCGAGCCAUUUGCAGUUGCCAUGCAAGCAGUCAAUACGCUCUGGAAGGAAUACGACCAGUUUGAGAUGAGCUUAAACAAAAUGACGGGUCGUAAAUUUUUGCAAGAACGGUCCCCUUCUUAUAUGACCGCUCGCAGCUCCUACACCGAAUUGCAAAACAUCACUAGGGACCUUGUUCGAUCCUCACUUCCUAAACUCCCACCCGCUCCAGGAUUCGACGGACAUGCCGAAUAUUUGAAGCAGGUUGGAAUUUGGAAACGCUGGAUCAAAUGGGAGAAAGACGAUCCACUAGUGCUUAAGGAAGAGGACGCCGCAGCCUAUAAGGCUCGUGUACUAUACAUUUACAAGCAGGCUCUUAUGGCUUUAAGGUUCAUGCCUGAACUGUGGUUUGAAGCAUCAGAUUUUUGCUUCCAGAAUGACUUAGAAGCUGAAGGAAACGAGUUGCUGAAGCAGGGAAUAGAAGCCAAUCCUGAAAACUGUUUACUUGCUUUUAAGCGCGCCGACCAACUUGAGAUUACAACUGCUUCCGAACAGGAUCGCGUUAAACGCGGCACGCUGGUCAGGGAGCCUUACGAUAAACUGCUCGACGCCCUCUAUGAACUAAUCACCAAAGCGAAAGCCAAGGAAUCUCAGGAGAUAGCCGAGAUCGAAGAACGGUUUGCAGGAGCAAACAUGCAACCUACAAACCGAAACGACGAGGAAGAAGAUGACGGCAGAGAUGAUUCCAAGGCGAAGGAAGCUGCGAAGGCCAGUGAAAUCGAAGUGACAAAGAAAGCCCACGGGGAGCAAAUUGCCCUUCUUUCGAAAACAAUAUCAUAUGCUUGGAUUGCACUCAUGCGGGCCAUGCGGCGUAUUCAAGGAAAAGGUAAACCUGGUGAGAUUGCUGGCUCUCGACAGAUUUUUGCCGAUGCACGGAAGCGCGGCCGGAUCACAAGCGACGUGUACAUCGCUAGCGCAUUGAUAGAGUAUCACUGCUAUAAAGACCCAGCGGCAACGAAAAUUUUCGAACGGGGCGCGAAACUCUUUCCUGAUGAUGAGAAUUUUGCGCUGGAAUAUUUGAAGCAUCUGAUUGACAUAAAUGAUGUUACAAACGCAAGAGCUGUCUUUGAAACUACUGUUCGCAAACUGGCGUCAAACCCUGAUAAAAUUGCUAAAUCAAAGCCAAUUUUCGCCUUUCUGCAUGAAUACGAAUCCCGCUAUGGCGAUCUCACUCAGAUUAUUAGUUUGGAGACUAGAAUGAGAGAGCUAUUCCCAGAAGAUCCCACCCUCCAACAGUUUUCUCACCGCUAUUCUGGCCCGUCGUUUGAUCCCACUGCUGUCCAGCCUAUUAUUUCACCCUCGCAGGUCAGACCGAAGCGCAGUGCUCCAUUGGAAGAAGCUCCGUCGCGCCAGGACUCGCCUGGAGGCCCUUCAUACAUCUCCGCAUCCCCCAAACGCGCAUUCCCAGCGGAUGAUUUGGACGAUGAUUUCAGACCACGAAAGUUUAUACGGGCCGAAUCACCACUCAAGGGUGCUGCGGGGAGAAGACUAGACCAGCAGAAGCGAAUACAUCAGGCCAACGGGGGUGGCACAAGCAACCUUGGUCAAACCCGGCCACCAGCACAGGCACAGCCGCUUCCGAGAGAUAUAGUGUAUCUUCUCAGCAUCAUUCCUCCUGCGUCGGCUUAUGAUUCUGUGAGAUUCCUACCUGAUAAGAUGGUGAAUUUACUGCGGCAAAUUGAUAUACCAAAUUCGGUUUCACACUUGCGGCCGCCUGUUGGUGCAGGACGCCCUCAGUACGGUGGCUACCGUGGCAAUCAAUGA